AAUAUAAAAUAAUUCAGUGUUCAUUGGAAACUCAAGAUUGGAAGAGUUUUAUAGGAAAAAAUGGAUUUUGGUGACCGGCUGCACCGGUUUCUUGGGCUCGGUGCUCGUCGAGAAACUUUUGCGAAGUUUUCCUAAUUGAGAGAAGCAAAAAAUGCUUUGAAGAUCCUCGAAUGAUUGCCUUGAAUCCCAAUUACUAUGAGAAAGUCUGUUGGAUCGAAGGAGACUUGCCAGUGCCUCAAGAUUUGCUUAGACAACAAAAACAUAAAAUGUUUCAUGUACGUUUCAACUGUUUACUCUUACGCGAGGAGAUCUUGUUCUCGCAUCGAGGAAAAGAUAUACGAACCAAUAUUAAAACCAGAAACUUUACUGGAUAUGUCUAAUGGUUUAACUAACGAUGAAUUGGAUGAAUUUGAAAAUACUUUAAUGAAAGAUUGGCCCAAUACAUAUACAUUCACAAAAAAUGUGACCGAAUACUAUUGUGAUACGUUCAAAGAUCAAAUGAGCAUCGGAAUCUUCAGACCUGGGACUGUAACUUCCGCUAUCUCCGAGCCGUUUCCUACCUGGGUAAAAAGCAAAGCUGGCAUAUUAGGUGCUAUUAUUCUGUUGGGAACAAAGCUAGUACCAAGUUAUUACGUGGAUAAGAAGGCACUAUCACACUGCGUGCCUGUGGAUAUGACAGUCAACGCUUUAAUUACAAGCACCUAUGAUGUUAUCAGCAAUAAAUCGAAGGACACCAAAAUCUAUAAUUACACCUCCAACAACAACCCUAUUACCUUUUACGAUGGUUUCAUGAUUGCAACAAAAAACAAGUGCAUUUCAUUGAUUACUUACAACUAUUACUGGAAUGCGAUCAAAAUGUUUCUACUCAUGUAUCUUCCUUUUGUAUUUAUGGAUAUUUUCCGAUUCUUUACACUACAAAAACCAAAGUAUCUACGAUUGUAUGAGAAAAUCAAUCACUUCUUAGGAGCGAUGUUCUAUUUUAACAACAAACCUUUGGUUGUAGACAACGAUAAUUUGGAACAUGUUUGGGAUUCGCUCACCCAGCGAGACAAGGAUUUGGUCCCAUUUAAUUUGAAAGUCAUCGAUUGGAUAGAUUAUUUCACGAACGUGCCUAGCGGCAUUGAGAAAUAUAUGGUUAUUAAGAUGAAAAUUUAAUUAUUGUAAUUUGUAUGGAAUAAUAUGAUAAAUAUAA